AGGCCUUCAUGCCUGAAGAUGAAAUAUGUUAAUGGCUAAGGCAAUGAGCAAUGAUCAAAAUACCUAAAUUUUAUAAUAAAAAUAAAUUAAAUAAAAAAACGGAAGCUCCACUCUAGUCAGUAAUUUCAUCCGUCGUUCAUCUACCUACCAGUCGCCGAAGAUUCACAAUACCUAUUUGUAUUUGAAAGUUGUACAUUGGAGUUGUAACCCUACUAGGUCUCAAAAUAGUUUUUGACAUGUAAUGAUUGAAUGAGGUAGUUGAGUUUUGAACAGAUUUGUGUUUAGAAUCUAAUAUCCUAUUAUAACUUACUUUCGUUUCGAUUUACCAACUUUUUUGAGAACAUAGAAGUUUCAUCUAUUCUUUACAUGAAUUCAAGAUAGUUCUUCUUUAUUUCUCGUGUUUAUACUAACAUUUUAGUUCAUGAAUGCCGGAACACCUAAAAUUCGAAUUUUUCACAAAAGUACAAUACUUUCAAACGUGCAAUUAGGAUGCCGGAUGCUUCAUUCGGAUCAUAGCACUCUGCAAUCAUAUUUGAAGUAUCUCAAGUGGAGAAAUUGCUCUUUGAAAACAACGUUAGUCCAGGGAACUCUAUUUGAGUAUCUUGUAAAACAUAUACUAGAAAAGCACGGUUUCACCUUGAAACGAUGUGGAGGCAAAGACGACAGAGGAAUAGAUCUUUUGGGUAAAUUCCCUUUGAAUAAUAACAAUGCAGAAACUAAAGUGGCCGUCUCAUGUAAAUCAAAUAAAAGUGCUAUCGGUCCAAGAUAUGUACGAGAGUUAGAGGGUUCUCUUUCCUGGUAUCCCUCCAAUACAUUAGGUAUUUUGGCUUGCUUAAGCAAUUUUACUUCAGCUUCCCUGAAAGCCAUUCAAGUUAGUGAACGCCCUUUAGCCAUUUGUCGAAUAUACAUUGAUAACCACAGCAGCUAUAUGUUUCAAUUUGCAUGGAACUCAGCUGCUUCCCUUAUGCUGAAGGAGAUCUCAGUUCGUCAAUUGUUUAAAUUUAGUACUCUCACUGACACAUCAGACAAAACUCUGAUCCCUUACAAAUUUGUAUCCGGGGUACUUUGCGAUUCAGACUUAUUUAAAGAUCGUCCAAUCCCAGUUGGAAUUUUUUACAAAAAUAAGCAGAUAUCCCAACUUGUUUAGAAAACUACUUAAUCUCAUAUUUGUUUACUACUUGCAGAAAUCCUUGUCAUUUCAUCCUUUUUACCAUGAAGACAAAGACAAUUUACUUACUGGGAUUGUUUGUCCGAAAACAAAAUAAAGAAAAAAAAAACCAAUUCUAUUCGAAUGAUAUUAAAAUGAUAAUAAUAAUAAUAAUAAUAAUAGCUG